AAGGGGUAUUUGGGAGAGAGAAGAAAUGUUGGUGGAGGAGUAGGUGGUCGUUGAAGUUUGCUUUUGCUAUUGAGUUUAGUGUGUUCCACCUUCCGAAGUACUACUCGAGUUUUCAACGUUUUAAACUUUUAGAAAUUAGAAACUAAAAAAAUAAAAAUCAAGCACAAUGUCCGGCCCAGGGCCAAAGUUUGUGAACAACCAGUUUAAUUCUCCUAUCAAAUUAUAUUCACCACAGUCAAUCCAGGAAACGUUGGAUCGCCAAACUCAAAUUCUAGCCAACGGUGCAAUCGGGAUCGAUUUCAACCAGUUAGCCAAACCGGCGAAUCUCCAAAAUAGCGCAGUGCUUCGGAUGCUCGAAGAAGAGGAGAUCAGAAAACGCAAUGGACAACAACCUAAUCUGAAACGUGUUGCGUGGCCUCCUCCGCCAGAGGAUCAAGAUAUUGACGAGUACAUUGAACAAGGUCCUGUUCAAGCCAAGACUCGUGGAAUUGGCGAAUACGCCACGUACCAGAGUAGUCCAUCGCCCCAGAAUUUUGCACAAACAUCGCCAACGCCAGUGAGUCCUGGUGGUACAUUACGUCAACCCUCACACUUUCAACAACAAAAAUCGGCUAAAGGUUGGGCACCUGUUACACCCCCAGCCACCUCUCCUUUGCCCCAAACAAUUCUCCAGCCACCCAAUUGGAAUCAAUCAUCACAACAAUCGCCAACACAUUUGCAAACUCAGAGCUCAGUGGAUCGAACGCGACAACCUUAUUCGUCACCAGUUUCUACUUUUGAAGCACCACCUUCGAUUAUCACAUUGAGGCCAGAACCACCAAUUUCUCAGAAACCAGCACCUGUUUAUUUAGCACAACCGGCAGCGACAAAAGCACCGAUAAGUGGCAAUAUGAGGGGAGAUCAAAAAUGGCCACCGGAAAGUGUAAAAGUUCAGACAGAGGCGGAAAAUAAGGCUCGAAUGGAAUUAGCGAAAGGACCCGUUUGUAGACCGCGAAGAGUAAGAAAAGAUUAUAGUGGAUUUUUUGCGCAACACGCCUUGAAUAGUACUUAUCCUGGUUAUAGAGCACCACCAGGAACUCAGUACUUUACUCCCGGGUAUCAAAACUAAACGAAAAGAAACUAGUUUCUAAGUCUUUUUUUUUUUUAAAUCUCGAAGACUGCGAUCAAGUUGCAAAUUUUCCUUUAUUAAAAUCGCCAAGGAAACAUAAAAAAAUUGCAACAAAAAAAAUAAUAUAUCAAAACAGUAACAAAUUACCUCUCAAUGAAUUUUACAAUCAAAUUUCAAAAACUUUCAUUUUAUAAAUUACUAUAAAUUUAUUAAAAUAUAAAUUCAAAUUAAUAUAUUAUUAAUAUUUAUUAACAGUAUGUUAAAAUUUAAUUUAUAUAAUUUAAAAAAUUUUCUUUUAAAGAGUACCGCAAGUUUUGUUGACUGAAAGAAAUUAUAUAAUUCAAUUUUUCUUUUCGCCAAUUGCUUUGGCUCGCGUUUUUAUUAAUAAAUUGAGAAACUAACGCUUCUGAUCGCAAAAUAUUUGAUGCAGGGCAUUGUGUUUUAAAAAAAAGUCGAGAAAUAACAAAAUAUCGAAAAUUUAGCUUCGAAGAUAGUCGAAUCUAUGUACACACACAAACACACACGCGCGCGCGAAAUAAAAAAUAAACAAAUCGAAACCAAAACUCGAGACGAACGAAAAAUCGAAAAUAAAAAGCUGUGAAUGUAAAUACGAAAGGGAUAUUAAUAUUUUUGUAAUGUAAUUCAAGUAUAGGUAACCGACUAACGAUUAUCCUUUUUAAAAUGGUGUAUUAUAUAUGUAUAUAUAUAUAUUGCCAUGAAUAAAUGUAAUAAAAGUU